AUGGACGAGACUUUAGAGCCGCUGACGAAUGGAGCCGAUGAGGUAUUUCACUUUUCGGUGGCUGAGGACGCGGCCAGCGGCCAUCUGAUCGGCGUGGUCGAGGUUGAGGACGCCGAUGAGCCGGCCGUCUCUUCGCUGUCUGGCCCCGAGGCGGAGCCGGUCGGCAGUGGUCAUGACAACAGUUCUGCCGGUGGGCAGAAACGGUCGGGCGGUAGCCUACGACGCGGCAGCGGAUUUGGCAGUCUCGUCUACCAACUGGAGCGUGGCAACGCAUCGCGCGUCUUCUCGAUGGACCAGCGGACCGGGGAACUGCGUGUCCGUCAGUCGCUGGACCGUGAGCAGCACAGCUUCUAUGAGUUCCAGGUUGUCGUCGUGGACAACCCGUAUCCACGCCGGCCGGCGUCUGUGCUCCAGUCGCCGGGCAGCCUCGACUGGCGUCGGCAGCACACCGUGACGGCGACAAUCCGGGUCACGGUGCUCGACGUGAACGACAAUGCGCCGGUCUUCGAGGCACCGCUGGCGGGACAAGAGUUUCUGCUGGAGCCAGGCAGCCUGGCGGCCAGCGCCGGGGCGACGGUGUUCGUGGUGAAGACGGCAGAUCGUGACGAAGGCGAAAAUGGUACUGUUCAGUACAGCCUCGAGAUGGGCGGUCACGGUCUGGUGGAAUUGGAGCCGACGACCGGCGUUUGCUACCUUCAGGAGACCCUGAGCUGGACGCGACUGCAUCAACUCACGCCUCAACUCACCGUCGUCAACACUCCCAUGACGACUGUAGAAGAGACAGAAGCAGCUGCCGACCACGGACGGUUGAGUGGAGGCGAAGAGACGGCUCGAACCAGACGAAGUUGGUUCAGCCUGACCCUGCUCAUCCGUGCCUACGACCUUGGCCGGCCGGUCAGCUUGAACGCUUCGCGUAUCGUCCGUCUCGUCUGGACGGCCGACAGAGACGCCAGCGGACCGGACGGCAGAGUCGUGGAUGAAGAAGAGGAGGUGGACGAGCAAGAGGUGGCGGCGAGUUCGGCGCAUCAAGCGAAGACGUCGGGACCGCGACGUCUGGAGACGGCGGUGCCGGGACGUCGCUUGGCCGAACUCUUUCCGGCCAUUAGUCUCACCGAGAAGACGUUGGUACCAGUGCUUGUCAGCAUGUUUCUUCUCCUCUCCGUCGCCUGCUGCCUCUUGCUUGGCCUCCUGCGCUGUCGCAACAAGACGUCGACGACACGGUCGACCGGUUCAAGACCGACCGAGGCAACAGCAAGGCCGCUGCCGACGGCGACGACGACGACGACG